AUGGCCCGCAUCUUGGAGGUGGUACCCUGGGAGGAUGGCUCCAUCCACGCGGUCACCUCGCCAGUCUUUCUGCUCCCUGUCGUGCGCCAGCGCCACCCACUGGCGAGUGUGAAGCAGUGUCUCUACCACCCGCAGCUGCCCACCCUGCGCCGCAUGGACAUGGACUCAGUUGGUGGCUACCUCUCGGAUGAGCACUGCCAGUCCUCCACCUAUUGCACCAAAGAGGACUUUGACACUGCCUGCUUCACACUCCUGGGGAUCCCCAACAAACCCCUACACUGUUUGGACAUCACCAAGGAGGGACGGGGUCUCCGGGACAGGUACCGCGAGGGGAAGCUGGUGCCCCUCAUACCAGGCAUCAACCGGGUGAGUUGGCCCUCCUUCACGCACGCCAUCGAUGACUGGUCCCGCCUGGUGUCCUGCACCGACGAGUUCAAGCUGCCCUGCCCGGACAACAGGGUGAGGGGUUGCAGCGGCUAUGCGGUGCGGUAUUUGAAGCCGGAGUUGACCCAGAACUGGAGGUACUGCAUCAACCAGAACUCUAGCCUGGACCGAUACGGACAGAAGCCCCUGCCUUAUGAAUCCCUGAAUACUUUCCGGAGCUUCGGAAACGCCUACAGGUAG